AUGCCUUCUUCCUUCCUGAAAGGAAAGCCCACAAAUCGACCAAGCAGCAGCCGCGAGGCUACGCCCAUGACGACGCCAGGUCCCAGUACCAGAGCUCCAGACACCACCCGAAACAGCCCUGUCCUGUCCGCGGCAGUUACUGAGGGUAACGGAAAUGCCACUUCCAACAUCGAGGGUGCUUCGAAAGACAGGCCCAACUACAUCAACCUCAAGUUCAAGGAAAGCGCCCGGUACCAGCGCGAGACCAUGGUGCGCGUGGAAAGAACCGCAGCCAUUGGCGGCACGCUAGAGGAGUACGCCCGACAGGUUGGCAAGCACCUGGACGUCCUCCGUUUCAUCACCUACGAUGGGCAGAGGAUCGGAAGCGAUGAUAGUCCUGCUGAUCUAGAACUCGAGGAAGGGGACAUCGUCGAUGUGCUGAUUCCCCAGCAUGGGGGCAUGGGAGAACCUUCAGGCCUUACGUCGCAGUGGUGA